ACUAAGGUUAACUGAAAUCUGCUGGAGAGAUGAGUUCUUUCAGUGAUGCAUCUUUCGAGGACUUGAGUGACGAGUUAGCGAGUCUUGGGUGGUACCACUAUGACCUGUCUCGCCAUGCUGCAGAGGCCCUUCUCUUGUCCAAUGGGACGGAUGGAAGUUACCUCCUGAGAAACAGUAAUGAGGGAUCAGACUGCUUCGCCCUGUCCGUUAGGGCAAAGGAUUCAGUGAAGCAUUUUCAGGUGACACGAAAUAGCAAUGGCUAUGUGUUUGGUUUUAAUGAGUUUCCAACCCUUCAAGACUUUGUCAACCACUUUGCUAACCAACCUCUGCUGGGCAGCGACACAGGAACCCUCAUUGUUUUGAAGAGUCCGUAUCCAUGGCGUGUGGAGGAGCCAUCUAUUUAUGAAUCUGUGCGAGUUCACACUGCCAUACAGACAGGACGCACAGAAAAUGAUCUGGUAGCAAAUGCACCUUCGCUGGGGACAAAGGAAGGCUUCCUGGUGAAGCAAGGGGCAAUUGUGAAGAACUGGAAGCAAAGGUGGUUCACGCUCAACAGAUAUGAACUUAAAUACUUCAAAGACAAAAUGUGUGAGGAGCCCAUUCGAACCUUAGAUCUGAGGUCCUGCUCUGCAGUCCAGUUUGACUACUCUCAGGAUAAAGUCAACUGUUUUUGUCUCGUGUUUCCAGAUCGAACAUUUUACCUUUGCGCUAAGACGGGUGUGGAGGCAGAUGAGUGGAUCAAGAUGUUGAGGUGGAAACUGUCCCAGAUAAGAAAAGGCAGAUGAUGGCUGUCACUGGAGAAACAAGAUGGAAGGAAGACCAACCUGCACUGAAGGACUGAGAUCAACAGGAUGCACAAUAAUGAACAACAGGACAAAGAAAAGGAAAACAAUCACUGAGCUAAUUUAAAUUACAAUUUGAAUUGAAUUAGCUAACCUGGAUAGCAAGGUGUAUCUAUAGAUUGUAUGGGUUAAUCACAUACAGACCAAUACCUGCUGAUGGGUAACGCUAAAGAAAAUAAUAGAAUUUCACUCAGAUAACUGAAUCUUGGAAGCUGUGUUUUCCAUAUCAGCAGUGUGGCUGUUCUCCACUGACAUCUACCAUCAACAAGUCAUUUUCACCCACAGGACUGCCACUCAGAAUAUGUUCUCUUUUUAUGAUCAUUAUCUGUAAUUCGUACAGACAGAUGUGAGAAAAACUCCCAGUAGAUCAGUAGUUUCUGAAAUACUUUGACCAGUCUGUGUGGCACCAUCAUCCAUACCACUUUCAGAGACACUUUAACCAUUUCAUUCCUUAUUCUGAUUGAACUCAGCUUGAACGUCAGCAGGUUGCUUUGAUCGUGUCUGCAUGUCUGAAUGCAUUGAGUUGCUGUCAUGUGAUUGACAUUUGUGUUAACAAGCAAUUUAACUGGUGUACCUAAUUUGUUUAGUACAAUAAUUUAAUACGAUAUAUUAAAACCACUUGAAAAGCCA